AUGGACGAGGAGAUUACCUUCGGACCAAGGGAUGCGGUUCCCUUGGCUUCCGGGAACCAUGAAGCUAUUGUGAUAGACAUUGUCACCAAUAACUACCGGGUGAAAAAGGUGUAUGUCGACCAGGGUAGUGCGGUUGACAUCAUGUUCUAUCGCGUGUUCAAGGAGCUCGGACUAAGGGAUGACCAACUGACCCCGGUUCGGACACCUCUGGUGGGCUUCACCGGACCACCCAUCAGCUCGGAGGGAAUGAUCACCCUGAUGGUCACCGUCGGACAGGCCCCCAGGUGCCGGACCAUUCUCGUUGAUUUCGUGGUGGUCAAGCAGUCGUCCCCCUACAAUGUGUUCUUGGGGAGACCCGCCCUGAACGCCCUCCGAGCUGUCUCCUCUACUUUCCACCUCAGCAUCAAGUUCCCCACCCCUGGGGGGGUAGCCGAGGUGCGCGGCGACCCAGCGGUAGCCAGGGCAUGCUACCUGGCCACGCUUCGGGGGCAUGAGAAGGUGGUCGCCCAGACAACCUGUUUGGAACCCUACAUCCCAGGGGAUGAGGCCCAGCAGCUAAGCACCCAAGAUGAGACGGAGGAGUUCCCCCUAAGGGAGGAUCGGCCCGAUCAGAUUCUCCGCAUUGGAGCCCUGUUGCCCGCCAAGGAGAAGGAGAGUUUGAAAGCUCUGUUGAGGGAAUACUCCCAGGUCUUCGCCUGGUCGGUGGACGACAUGCCCGGGAUCCCCACGGACCUGGCGGUCCAUCACCUCGACGUGGACCCUCACUUUAAGCCAGUAAAGCAAAAGAAAAGGAGUUUCGCCCCCGAGAGAAAUGAUGUGAUCAGGGCGGAGGUCGGCAAGUUGUUGGAGUCCAAGAUUAUCCUGGAGGUCUACUACCCGACCUGGCUGGCCAACCCCGUCCUGGUCAAGAAGGAGGACCUGACCUGGAGGAUGUGUGUAGACUUCACAGACCUUAACAAAGCCUGCCCAAAGGACUGCUUUCCCCUGCCUCGAAUUGACAGGUUAGUAGACUCUACUGUGGGAUUUGACGUUUUAUGCUUUCUGGAUGCCUUUAAGGGGUAUCACCAGAUAGAGAUGGCCGGGGAGGACCGGGACAAGACCUCUUUCAUCACCGAGGAGGGAACCUACUGCUACAGGACCAUGCCCUUCGGAUUGAAGAAUGCGGGAGCAACUUACCAGCGCCUGGUGAACAAGCUAUUCCGAAACCAGGUCGGCAGGAGCAUGGAGGUUUAUGUGGACGACAUGAUCGUCAAAAGUCGAACUGACCAGCGCCUCAUACCCGACCUGCGGGAGGUCCUGGACAUCCUACAGAAGAGCCGGAUGCGCUUAAAUCCGAAGAAGUGCACUUUUGGGGUCAGAUCGGGAAGGUUUCUCGGUUUCCUGGUGUCCCGAGACGGAAUCCGGGCCAACCCGGAUAAACUCCAGGCCAUCAUGGACAUGGCCCCUCCGAGGAGCGUGAAGGAGGUCCAACGGCUAACAGGAAGGAUGGCCGCCCUGAAUAGGUUUCUCUCGCGCUCCGCGGUCCGGGGGCUGCCCUUCUUCCGACUAUCCGCCUGCAACGAGGCCGUCAGCGCGGUCCUGGUGCGGGAGGAUGAGGGGGCUCAGAGGCCGGUGUAUUACGUAAGCCGAGCUCUACAGGGGCCAGAGACACGAUACUCGCCAGCCGAGAAGUUGGUCCUUGCCUUGGUACAUGCGGCACGCAAGCUCCGCCCUUACUUUCAGGCUCACGGCAUUGUAGUCCUGACUGACCAGCCCCUGCGUCAGAUACUCACCAAGCCAGAGGUCUCGGGCAGAAUGACCAAAUGGGCUGUCGAGCUAGCCGAGCACGACCUCAGCUAUCAGCCCCGCAAAGCCAUCAAGGCCCAGGCCUUAGCGGAUUUCCUUGCUGAAGGGGCUAGCUUGAGUCUAACCGAGCUAAGCCCCCAACACGAGGAGCGGCUGCCGAAGGAGCCCUGGGUGUUGUUCGUGGACGGGGCCUCCAGCAAGGAAGGAAGCGGGGCUGGUCUGCUACUCAUUUCACCCACCGGGGAAGAACUGACCUACGCCCUCCGAUUGGACUUCCCCGCGUCCAACAAUGAGGCCGAGUACGAGGCCCUGCUCACAGGAUUGCGGAUAGCCCACCAGAUGGGAAUAACCGCGAUCCAGGCCAGGAGCGACUCGCAGCUCGUCGUCCUUCAAGUCCUUGGGGAGUACGAAGCCAAGGACGAGGUUAUGAAGAAGUACCUGGCCAAAGUACGAGAGGCGGUGGCCUUGUUCCAAACGUUCGAAAUCGAGCGGGUGCCAAGGUCCCAGAACAAGCGGGCAGACGCCCUUUCAAAGUUGGCAUCCUCCUCAUUUGCCCACCUGAGCAAGGAGGUAUGGGUGGAGGUGCUAAAGCAGAAAAGUAUCGAUCAGGUCCAGGUCCUGACUAUAGACAGCUCGGCCACCUGGAUGACGCCCCUCAUUGACUUCCUCAGCUCGGGUGCCCUCCCCGAAAAUAAAGCCGAGGCACGCCGAAUCCAGCUCCGGGCUGCCAAGUACACCUACAUCGGGGGUACCCUCUACAGGAGGUCGUAUUUGUCCCCCUGGUUAAAGUGCGUGACUCCCGGGGAAGGUGAUUACGUCCUGCGCGAAGUCCACGAAGGAAUAUGUGCAGCACACGUGGGAUCUCGGGUGUUGGCCAAAAAGUGCCUCCUUUUGGGCUACUACUGGCCCUCUGUCUUCCGAGACGCAGCGGAUCUGGUCCGGAAAUGCCGAGCUUGCCAGGUACACGCCUCGUUGCGUCAUCAGCCAGCUCAGGAGAUGAUUCCCAUCCAUAGUCCUUGGCCCUUCGCUCAAUGGGGGAUAGACCUCCUGGGUCCCUUCCCCCGAGCCCCGGGAAGAUAUGAGCACCUCGUGGUAGCCAUAGACUACUUCACAAAAUGGGUGGAAGCGGAGCCCCUGGUCUCUAUCUCGGGGAAGGCAAUUCAGAAAUUCUUUUGGAAGAGCAUAGUUUGCCGGUUUGGGAUUCCGCAUGCCCUGAUAUCCGACAACGGCCGCCAGUUCGCCGAGAACCCUUUCCGCAGCUGGUGCGCCGAGCUCGGAAUCAACCAACACUUUACGUCGGUUGGCCACCCCCAGGCCAAUGGCCAGGUGGAGAACGCUAACCGAACUGUCCUGCAAGGGUUGAAGGCUAGACUGGAGUCCGCCCAAUCAAGUUGGCUGGAUGAGCUCCCCAGUGUCCUCUGGGCUUACCGCACUACGCCCAGGACGGCUACUCACGAGACCCCGUUCUCCCUAACAUACGGAGUAGAGGCCGUGGUGCCCGCGGAGGUCGGUCUUCCCUCACCCAGAACACAGAACUUCGUGGCAACAUCCAACGAGGAAGAGCUUAGGUGCAACCUGGACAUGCUCGAAGUCAGGCGGGAGGAAGCGGCUAUUCGAAUGGCUAAGUAUAAAAGCCAGCUCGCUCGCUAUCACAACGCCAAAGUAAAGACUAUACAGUACCAGCCAGGAGACCUUGUCCUGAGAAAGAACUCGAUAAGCCGGGUACACGGCUCCAACAAGCUCGACCCAAAUUGGGAGGGCCCCUACAAGGUCCUUGAGGCGAGCCGAGCUGGCUAUUGCAAGCUCGCUAAGAUGGAUGGAUCUGAAGUACCUCGGACGUGGCAUAUCUCCAAUUUGCGAUUGUUUGUAGCGUAG